AUGGCGGCGAGCGGGGCCGGCUCGCCGCCGCGGGGAGCGGAGGAGGCGGCGAAGGGCUCCGACGCGUCCUCGGGCGCCCGCUCCGGCUCAAGCGCUGCGGGGAGCCCGCCCCAGAACGCGACGGGCCGCCGUCUCCUCCCCGGCGGGGACAGCGGCGAGGGGGACGCCGGCCCGCUGCCGGUGCAGUUCCCGUCCCACCUGAGCUCCCUGAGCGGCCGGGAGAAGGUGGCGCUGUACUGCGACGAGCUUCUGAAGGGCUGCAAGGCAGAAGAUGCUAAUGAGACCAUUAGUAAAUAUCUUUUGGAAAAGUUGAAGAUGAAAGAGAAAUGGCUUGGAAUUUGGAAGACCAAUCCAGAACUCUUUUUUGUCAGUUCUGAAGAAAUUCCCAUACCAUAUGUUGGUGUACUUGUUGAGGUUACCUGCAAACUUCCCCAGAAUCCAUCUGCUAACUUCAAAGUAUCUGUAUCUGUAGCUGAGCCUUUUUCCUCUAACAUUGCAAAUAUUCCAAGACAAUUAGUUGAUGAAGUUCUGGAGGAAAUGGAUCAUUGUGUACCUCUUUUGGAAGUUUAUCCUGUGGAGGGGCAGGAUAUUGUAGUGUUCGAUAUAGCCAAGGCUUUGGAAAUUGUGAGGUUUUUCUAUGAUUUUCUUUGGAGAGAUUGGGAUGAUGAUGAAAAUAGUGAAACCUAUGCGGCGCUGAUAGAAGAAAGAAUUAAGAUUUGGUGUGAUAUUCAGAAUGGGAUUAUCCCUGCUCCAAUUGCUCACCGUUUUAGAAGAAAUUUGGAAAAGUAUAAGAGCAUGCAUUUGGACUUGAUUCAUUAUCAAAGUAAUAUUAAGGAAGAGCCCACAGCAGAAGAAGCUGUUGAAUGUUGGAAAAAAUACUAUGAACUAAUAAUGCUAUGUGGAUUGUUGAAAAUAUGGGAAGAUUUACGUUUAAGGGCUCAUGGACCUCUCACCCCAAGAAUAUUGAAACGUAGGAAAGGACACCGAGAUGGUGGGAAAACUGUAACUCAUGUUGUUGCAAAAACAGGGGCAACUGAAAUGGUUAAAGAGCUUUCCUCUGACACACUUCUUCAGCAGCAUGAUAACCUAAACUUGGCUUUGGACAGCUGUUACAGUGGGGAUAAUGUGCUUAUUUUUCCUGGAGAAUAUAAAGCAGAAAACCUUUCCAUGUUAACUGAAGAUAUUGUUAUUAAAGGAGUUGGAAGACCAGAGGAAAUAGUGAUUGUUUCCAAUCCUGCCCAUGAUAGCUUUGUAGUAUCAAGGGCGCAAAAUGUGAAAUUGAUGAACAUUACUUUGUUACAGCAAAGGACUGUUGAUGGUAUUAUAGUAGUUGAAUCUGGACACACAGUUGUGGAGAACUGUGUAUUGAAGUGUGAAGGAACUGGAGCCUGUGUACUUGUUGGUGCUUCUAUUACAAUUCUAAACAGUGAGAUAACUGGAGCUCAGGGGGCUGGAGUUGAGCUAUACCCAGGAAGCAUGGCUACUCUGGAGGGUAACAAGAUACAUCACUGCAAUAACUUCAGAACCAGUGACUCCUCACGGGGUAACCUUGGUGGAAUUAAUAUUAAGGUCCUUCCUGCUCCUAAACUAAGGAUGAAAAAUAAUCAUAUUUAUGAUAACAAUGGUUAUGGAGUGACUAUUAUUAAGCCUUCUGAACAGCUGUGUGCUACAGCAGAAGGAACGGUGGAAUGUGCUGCAGCCGGCGAUGGAGAAGAUUCCAUUACCAAACUAAUGCAGGAACUGAGCCUUGAGAUAAACACUAACAUCCUAGAAGACAACAGUAAAGGCAUCAGCAUAGUUAACUGAAGCUACAGGUUUCACAUAAUUUCAACCAUUAGCAGUGGAACAAUGAGAAAAUUUACUUUAUUAAAAGAUUUUAUGAACAG